AGAGGAAGUGACAGUUUGUCACAUCUGAUCAUCUCAAUGCAGGAAAAGUAUUAUUAGCAAGUGUAAUGUCAGCAGUGAAUAAAUAAAAAUAGUUCAUUUCACUGUUGUUGGUGCAUCUCUGCCAGAAAUGUAAAUCUAACAAACCAAAAUGAAAUCCCACCUAAUUAAGUGACCCCUGCUCUAUUUUUCAAACACACUUAAAAGUCCUUCGUUUUUUUCAAAAAUGAAAAAUUUUCUUAAUAAUCCGGUGCGCCUCAAUACUGCUUGUGCUCAUUGACGUCCAUUGAUUUUUUUAGUACAGGUCAGGACGCUCAAAAAUGUGUCAAAAUGUUCUCAUUCGACUUGUGAUACGCACUGACCUUCAACUGUUUGUAAAUGAGUUAAAGUUUGAGUUAGUUUACUUUUUCCCCUUUUCUCAAUCCCUCCUUUAUAAUUACUUUUUUAACAUCUUAAUUAACUUUAACCAAAGAGCCACAAUGGAGAGGUAAGAGAGCCACAUGUGACUCCGGAGCUGCAGCUUGCUGACCCCUGCUCUAUCUCUAUUAUGUUCUGGGUCACAUUGACCCAUUUUAAAAUGUAAAAAUCUACAAGAAAAAAAAAACAAAAACUUAAAAUUACUUUUUCACUUUGAAAUUUCUCCUGCUUCUCUUAUCAGCAUAUUAAAUAAAAAAACAAAAAACAAAAAAAGAAACAAACUGAUGCCGUUCAUCAGAAAUGAACAUAACAGGAGAUAAACUCUGAUUUAGAGGUUAAGAACAACUUUAAAUUUGUCAUUAAGUUUAAACUUUUAUCAGAUUAAGUUUAGUGUAAGCUUAAGUUUUUAUUAAAAAUCAGUUUUAAACUUCAGUUGCAGCUUGACUUUUAGUUCAGGUUUGAGCUUCAGUCUUAGCUAGAGUCAGUUUGUGCUUGAUUUGAAGUUUAAGAUUAAACUUUAGUUGGAGAUUUAUUUAAAGUUUCAACUUGAUUAAGGACCUUGUUAUUGUGUCUAAAUCCUGAGAUGUUCUGCUUAAAAAUACAAAGUGUGAACCAUCUUGAUGGUCAGAAAGGUCUAGAUAAUAAAGACAACACAAGCAUAAAGUUUGUGCAUGUGGUUGAUUCCAGCUCUGCGUGUGAAUCUAAUGGGAUGAGGAAUCAACAGAACCGAUAAUGCGGGUGUUUCAGCAUGUGUGCUUGUACGCUGAAGAUCACACCCUCAGGUGUUUGACUCACCCCCGCUCUGCUUUUGUGUAACACUGACACACUCCCCACAAAGUAUUCCCACGAAAAGUUACACAAACAGAGCAGAGCGACGCUUUAAAGAGGAGCCUGGGAGGAGUAGAGGGCAGGAAGUGAUGCUCGGGUGACACACGUGUGGUUACACCAAAGCCGGUUUGAGGGAAGAGGCAGGACACAAAGGCGGGCCGCGGGGAGGACACAAAUACAGGAGGAGAUUCCAGGCAGAGUAACAGCAGAGAGGAGGAACAACAGUUAAAGAAGGCACCCUGUGGCUCUGAGGUGACAGAUUUGUUGGGGAGGGAGAAUCAAUGACCACAAACAACAGAUGUGCUCAGGAGGUCUUCCCUUCCUGGACUUUAGUUUUUCUCUGAGUUUUAUAACUCUGCCUGCACUGUUACACAAGCUGAGGAGGUCUGAGGGGCUUUAGGAGGCUGAUCACGGGUCAAACCCUGCUUGAAGAUGAGCAGCAGGUCUGCAUCCACUCACCAGGACGGAAAAACAACCCAAAGUGAUCUCAAAGUUUCUCACCAGAGGACGGAUCCCAAUGGAAAACUACAGGAUCAGGAGAAGAAAGUGGAGCUGGGGAAGAAGGUGACGCUGCUCCGAGGAAUCUCCAUCAUCAUCGGAACCAUCAUCGGAGCCGGGAUCUUCAUCUCCCCCAAAGGGAUCCUGCGGCACACUAGAAGUGUGGGCAUGUCUCUGGUUGUGUGGAUCGCCUGCGGUGUGCUGUCCUUGUUUGGAGCUCUGUCCUACGCCGAGCUGGGGACGUGCAUCAGGAAGUCCGGGGGGCAUUACACCUACAUCCUGGAGGCGUUUGGACCACAGAUGGCCUUCAUCAGGCUCUGGGCCGAAUUAAUCGCAAUAAGGCCUGCAGCCAUGGCGGUCAUUUCUUUGGCUUUUGGGCAGUACAUCCUGGAGCCGCUCUUCAUGCCGUGUGGCAUCCCCCCGAUGGCCGUCAAACUGGCCACGACCAUUGGAAUCACCUCUGUCAUGUACCUGAACUGCAUGAGCGUCACCUGGAGCGCCAGGAUCCAGAUCCUGCUCACCCUCAGCAAGCUGCUGGCCAUCAUCGUCAUCAUCGUGCCGGGGGUGUACUUGCUCUUCAAAGGAGAAACCCAAAACUUUGAGGAUGCCUUUGACCUGACCCACAUCAACUUGUCUGGAAUGCCGCUGGCCUUCUACUCUGGGAUGUACGCGUAUGCAGGAUGGUUUUAUCUGAACUUUGUGACGGAGGAAGUGGAGAACCCAGAAAAGACUGUGCCAUUGGCCAUCUGCAUCUCCAUGGCGAUUGUGACCUCCUGCUAUGUGCUGACCAACAUAGCGUACUACACCGUGAUGUCAGCAGAGGAGCUCCUGGCCUCGGACGCCGUCGCUGUGACAUUUGCAGAGCGGCUGCUGGGGAACUUCUCCAUAGCUGUCCCUGUUUUCGUGGCCUUGUCCUGCUAUGGCUCCAUGAACGGCUGCCUCUUUGCUUUAUCCAGAAUGUUCUACGUUGCGUCUCGUGAGGGACAGCUGCCGGAGGUCCUGUCCAUGAUCCACGUGCGCAGACACACGCCGCUGGCUGCUGUUCUCAUACUGUAUCCCAUGACCGUGAUCCAGCUGUUUGUGGGGGACAUCUACAGCCUGCUGAACUUCAUGAGCUUCCUGCGCUGGUUCUUCAUCGGUGUGGUGGUCUUGGGUUUGAUCUACCUCCGUUACACCAAACCUGAUCUGCCCCGCCCCUUUAAGGUCCCGCUCUUCAUCCCAGUGGUGUUCUGCCUCACCUGCUUCUUCAUGGUCUUCCUCUCUCUGUACUCGGACCCAGUCAACACGGGGAUUGGGUUUGCCAUCUCUCUCACCGGCAUCCCUGCAUAUUAUGUCUUCAUUCACUUCAACAACAGACCCAAGUGGCUUCAGAGGGCCAUAGACUCCAUCAACAGAACCCUGCAGAUCAUCCUGGAGGUGGUUCCUGCUGACCAAUGAUGGAGGACAUCAUCUCUUCAACCACUUUUUAACCUCAGAAAAAAAGUCUCAAUUCAUUUGGGUUCAGGCAACCUGAAUGCGUCCAGAAUACGUUUUUAUAUAAACUUAUCAGGCGGAGUCAGCAGCUGUAAGACUAUGAACUAGUAUGUAACUACAAAACAGUUUUUUGUACCAUAAAAGAGAAUCAUAUGCCUUUUACCCCUAAAUGUAUUCAUCUAAUUUUUCAAGAUCUGUCUUCUCCGGAUAUCUGAACCAAACUCUAAGGUCAGCACGUCUGUAGGGUCAUUAUUACCACCAGAGGAAGAGAGCUAAGCUCUCAACAGACCAUCCUGCUCACACUCUGACUGCAAAGAAAAUAACAUUGUACCACCAUCACAAACAGCAGUCAUCUUGCUAUCAGAUGAACGGCACAAAGUGAAGACGAUCCGUGGAAAUGGACCUUCGUUCACAGAAGAGAGUCGAUUAAAGGACGUUGGAGUUAUGGUGUCAUUCGGGUCUUUUGUGGGAUUGGAGAUUGAACAGUUUGAGAAACAAAGAACACUACUGCUCCCUUCCCGCACUUUCCUGCUGUUUCCUCACCACAAUCGAUCAUCAUAACAGAGGAUAACACCAAAAAAUCUGUCAGUAACACAUGGUAUUAAUUACUUGAAAUAACUUUAACAUUCAUUCGAAAUGUUUUAUUUGUAAUUGUUGCAUUUUGUGUGCUGGACUGAACUGAUGAAAUGCUUAAGUGAAUGAACGUGCAUGAAGUCUGACCUUGUGGUUUGCAGAAGCUAAAUGUCAAACUUUUGAACUUUUUGAAUUCUUAUUGGGCAUUAUCUGUACUUUAAAGCAAACAUACCCAUUCAAUGAAAUGUUACCUUGAAUCAUUCUUCUAUUUCACUCCUCGAUUGAAACCAGGAAGUAUUAACAAGGAGUUUUAUGAUUAAAAAUGUGUAAAUAUUAGUAACUUUAGUAAAAGUAAAAAGCAUUUUCAAUAACAUUGGUUAAAUUGCAAUUUUAUGUUAAAUAAAUGCUGGAGGCACUUGAAGGAAAAA